UAUUUUCAACUUUUUAUGAUCCCAGCAUAUGGCCUCAUCAAGCUCAGCAUCAUACUGCUCUACCGGCGGAUUUUUCUCGUUCACAAAAAUUCGAAAUUGGGCUGGACGUUCCAUGGGUUCGUUACUCUGACCGUGGUUUGGACCCUGGCGUUCUUCCUACUCUUUUUGUUUGGAUGCAGAGAGAAAAUCUACCUUCAUUGGGCGCCGCUCGAGGAGGUCAAAAACCAGUGCGGCAACCCGCUCACGGCGGAAUCAGCCCUCGUCAUCUCGGACCUCAUCAUGGAUUUGAUGAUCCUGUUUCUACCCCUGCCAAUUGUUCGUAUCACAUAAUCGUCCAAUAUCAACAUUAUAUGACGCAGUUUGAUUGACGGAUCCCGCUCAGAUUUGGGGGCUGC